AGCUACAGGCGGGAUCGAUAUUUCUUAUUCCGAACUCCCCGCGCGACCGCGAGUUGGAACUAUAACCUAGUGGAAGAUGUUGUUUUCUUGAACAAGAGGUUGAGCUCAUACCAGGAGAGACAUUAUCUUCUUUCUGAAAUCUAAAAAGACAAAAUGUCUUCGGCCGUCCAGCAAGUGUGCGAGCUGCUUGGUGCGGCGCUGAAGCACGCGGAUUAUGGCAAGGUUGUCCAGCUUGUUGGCGAACUCUCAGGAAUGCUGAAAGAGCGCAGCCAGACUGCAUCCCUGAUCGAUGAAACAAGACACGAUUUACUCCUGCGGCUAGUCGAGGAGCUGCCUCAAGUAGAUUUUGAGGGCAGGAAAGAUAUCGUUGCUCUAGUUUCGCUGGUGUCGAAACUGCAGGUUGGAGGCAGUAGCAGUAGUAGGAGUAAGGAAGCUGGCGGACUAAAAGACAGCUCCGUUGACGAAAACACACUUUCGGAUUUCGAGAAAUAUGUGGUAUUUCAUCUAUUUGUAGUUAAACCGGUGACGAAAACACAUUUUCGGAUUUCGAGAAAUAUGUGGUAUUUCAUCUAUUUGUAGUUUCAUUGCAAUGUAUAUUAGCGUUGCGCCUCGUGACUUCAUAUUAUUUGACGCUGCAGGGUGUCACCGUAUAGUCUAAGGGUUGGCAUGCUAGCCAAUGAUAGACUUCAUGGAAUGGAGUGGAUGGUUGGUUGGUAGUUUUGUGAGGGGUCGAACUUUUCUUGAGAUGGCAUGGUUUUCGUGCAGUACUUUUCCCGCAUUCACUCGUCACUGACUGAACCAUCAAAUUUCCAUGUCAUCACCAAAUUCCUAACAGAUCUCGAAGCAGCUAAUCUCACGCCUGGCCAAACGCUACGCUGAAGUACCCGAUCUCAGUCUGAACUACGGCAUUUUACUCAGAGAAUUUUGCAGGUGUCCUGGGAUUAGUCGGCACGCUUUGGAGUCUCGAGUGCUCUACGACCUCUUUUUGAUCGCCAGGAGAGGAGAAAACUUCGACUUGGCCUCAGAUGCGUUUCUUUCAAUAAUUAUGAUUGGUUUUGGUUUACAGGCUGAACUAGUACUAGCAUUUCUAUAUUACAUUAAAGGCUACUUUUCAAGAAUUUCAAUUUGCUUUUCCAUCGAUCUUCACUUGAAGAUGGGACACUGUGACAACGCACUUUGCUCUAGCAGUUUCAGAUCCGCUGCUCCUCAUUUCUAAUCCAGAAGACAUCCUCACACGGCAGAAGUCUCUUGGCGCCAGCUGGAUUUUAGCGAAUUUCGAGGAAUUUUUCCAGAAAUACCACGAAAUUUUACUUGCCGAGAGUGACCAAAGAGCAGCCGAAGAAGACCUCUACAUCUGCCAACGACAAUCGCUGAAACUGUUAUCGGACAUGCUUCUGGACCGGACCUUCAUGCAGAUCAUGCUACGAUACAUCAACUCGGAUGAGUAAUUUUUAUACUUGUUCAUUUUCUGCUUUUUAUGAAGACGAAUAAUUUUAUGUAUGAGACUUGAUAUUAACUCUCUGGCUUGUUCCUUGUUGAGGACCUUGAGAGGUAAUAAAUGUUGUUACUACAUCGAUACCACGCAAAAAUACGUGCAGGUACCUUAAAGUCCACAUGCAGUUCCUGCGUUCCUCUUCUAAGACGAUCCAGUUUGAAGCCUUCCACGUGUUCAAAAUUUUCGCUGCCAAUCCCAACAAGAAACCUCGAGUCACCCGCAUUCUCUACCAGAAUCGCCUCAAAUUAGUGGAUUUUCUGGGUACGUUUCUGGUACCCGAAAGAAAUUCCGACCAACAGUUCUUGCAGGACAAGAUGACGGUCAUUCAAAAAUUGAAGGCCCUACAACUACCUGACGACACGACGACACCCAGUGGAGCAGCCUCAAAUGCGGGGACUUCUCAGGCGUCGACCAAUGGCGGAGCAGCCUCAAAUGCCGGAACAGAGUCGACGACUCAGGCAUCAACCACAGGGUGAUGGUUCCCUGAAUCGCCCUCUGUUGGUUCUUCGGGAAUAUUGAAACCGAAGUACUCGAAAGAUGGAGUUCAACUCCUUCAAGCCUCCAAUUAUACCCAAGCAGCCUGUUUAUAAACGCGAAACUGUUGUUGAUAGGAAAGAACUACUCCGUGAAACUACGGUCGUGGUAACCCAACAUAGAUAUCGAGACUUCGCGCUAAAGAUGAAUGUCGUAUUUUUUCAACAGAUUCAACGAACCAUUCUCUCUGUUACGCAUGAUCAAU